GCUUCUAUACGAGCAUAAGUACCGAAUCGAUAGAAAGGUGUAAAUAACUGAUAAGGAUUUAUUAAUAAGAAAUCGGAUUGAUGGGCAAUGAAAAUAACUUCAAUAAACGGCAUAUUCCCCAGAUUGAAUUGGUGGCAACUAGCAGGGUAAACCUCUUUGCUGAAGUUCCCCUUGUGGAUUUCAACAGGACCGUAAAUGCGAGCAGGAAACUAGAAGGUCUUUAUUAUCACAGGAAGGACCUGAUAAGUAAAAAAUAGGAUAAUUGUUUUUCUAAUGUAACCAGUAUACUUAUUAUUAUCGAAGCUUUCCAUCCGCUUUCAUUUCCUUGACACAAACUUUCCUUCUUAUGUGACCACACAUCUAAUCCAUUCAUGAGGAAACAUGUGUACUGAAUAAAUGAUGUGAAAAGACGUGAUAGGAUGAUAAUCUCAAUCUUCGAUACCUUAACCCCACAGGAAAGAGUCUUGAAUUUCUGUAAGGGCUAAAGGGAUUUAAAUGUUUAUAAACAACUUCACCGUUAGGGGAUUUCCUCCCCUCCCCCAAAUCCCACGAGUGAAAUUCCUUUUCCGGAAAGUCGUCUGCAUUCGCGUGGGCCUGCCCUCCGUGAAAGGGAUGUGGGCUUCGUCCACCUGGACCUUUUUCUCCUAUUUUAUCCUGUCCUAUUCCCUCCUGUCCUGUUACAUCAUGUUCUAUCCUAUUCCUUCCUUUUUUUUCCUGUCUGGGGUGGUUUUGUGCGGUUAUUACAAAAAGGCUAAUCCCGAUCCCUCAGAUGCAACUCAACAUGAACACGAGCGGCCUCUGCAUGGUCCGUUACACCAUGGACGGCCUCCGACUCAACCGUCACGAGAAGGAACGCCUGCAGGCGGGUUUCCGCGAGACGAGGCUUCGCCCCGAGGCGGACCCCCGUUUGGUGAUCAUCCAGCCCAAAGGCGCCAAAGUCGCGGUGAAUUCGUCGCGGUUCGAAAAGGACCUCGCGGACUGUUGGCAUCACUCCUUUGAUAUCAGUGUGGUGCGGUCCCCAGAGGCACUGAUCUACCUCGGCGAGGAGGAGGGGAAUAAAAGAGAAGAAAACCCCAAAAGGCGUAAUUUCUUCGCAAUCGCAGCCGCGAACGUCUCACGGGGGGCUCUUGACGGCCUCAAGUUGGUGGAAGUGAAAGGGACGCUGUUGGGAGGGCUGGAAGCGGCCCCUCUUGCCCUCCUUGGCCUCGCCCUCGCGGCCACAAACGGGCAGGCGGGCCAGCGCUUCUGCCCGGCCUGCGGAGGGGCCACGAGCGGGGUGAAAGACAUCGGAUUCAGCCGCCGAUGUGAGAGCUGCCCCCGACAAUACUUCCCGCAGGUGAUUCCGGCCGUCCUGGUGGCCGUCCUCGACGGGGCCGGCCACAUUCUUCUCUCCCAACGCCGCGCGAAAAGUAAUGUUUUAACCAUUCUCUCGGGAUUUAUUUUGCAGGGCGAAACAGCCGAAACCGCGGCGCGGCGCGAGGUCGAGGAGGAGGCUGGCGUGCGUCUCGAUCGCCUGAACUAUGUCGGCUCCCAAACUUGGCCUUUUCCCAGUUUGUUGAUGCUAACCUACUACGCGGUCAUUCAAAAAGAGGAUCGUGAAAAGAAACUAGUGGUCGAGGCUGACGAACUUGUGAAGGUGGAAUGGGUGGAGAAGACAGAGGUUCAACGGGCCCUCGGGGGGCUCCACCCCUCUAUCGCCUGCCCCCCUUUCUGGACAGCGGGAAAUCGAAUGAUAGCGCUCUGGGCGAAAGGCAUCGUGAACGAUCAGGGCGAGGUGGUGGGAAACCCGCAGGCCAGUUUGUAG